AUGCUCAGAACAUUACUAAGACAGUCUCACGGUAGCAGGGCCACUCCGUGUGUGAUGAUGACCCGUCCGAUGGCAUACAGAUAUAAGGCCACUAAUUUCCACAGACCAGACUCAGCAGGAUCGAACGAUGCAGCUGAAGCGGCCGAUGCAGCAGCUACGGUUUUGGCGGACCAGAACGAUAUCCAGAAGCUUCCUAAUAAAGCUACUUGGAUAGAUGCAUUGCAAGAAAGAGAAAAGCAAACGAAGGCAGGUAAGACGUUGGACAGUUAUUCGUAUAUGAACCCUAAGACCACGGAAGUGGGUGAAAAAACCCGAAGUGAGUCUUUUUCGUAUUUGACGCUUCCAUUUAAGGACGAUAAGUGGUUGUGUGAUUCGUAUAUCAAUGCUUCGGGAAGAUUGAGAGCGGGUCAGUUGUUCCAGGACUUGGAUGCUUUGGCAGGGAGAAUCGCCUAUAGACACUGUUCACCGGCCGAGCCUGUGAAUGUGACGGCAUCGGUGGAUCGUAUUUAUAUGGUGAAGAAAGUAGAUGAGAUCCAGAACUAUAAUUUCGUGCUUGCUGGUGCUGUGACGUGGACGGGUAGAUCGUCGAUGGAGAUUUCAGUCAAGGGAUACGCUUUUGAGGGCCAAGUUCCUGAAUCGAUCACCGAAGAAUCGUUACCAAUCGAAAAUGUGUUUUUGAGUGCUAAUUUCACUUUUGUUGCUAGAAACCCAAUUACCCACAAGUCUUUCGCUAUUAAUAGAUUGCUCCCAGUAGUUGAAAAAGAAUGGCUUGAUUACCGCAGAGCAGAAUCACGUAAUGCCAAAAAGAAGUUGGCAGCUAAGAAUCUGAAGAUUAUUGAACCAACAGAAGAAGAAUGUAAAUUGAUUCAUGAAAUAUGGAAGUCUUCAAAGUCCAUGGAAGCUAAGGCUCAACCACCUAAAAACUUUUCGUUCAUGAAAGAUACCAAUGUAUCAUCUACUUUAUACAUGCAACCACAAUAUAGAAACAGACAUUCUUAUAUGAUCUUUGGUGGUUACUUGUUAAGACAAUCUUUUGAAUUAGCUUAUUGUGCAUCUGCUGCUUUUGCUAAGGCUGCUCCAAGAUUUGUAUCGUUAGAUUCUACUACUUUCAAACAACCGGUUCCAGUUGGCUCUGUUUUAUCUAUGACGGCCACCGUUUCUUACACCGAACACAUUCAUGAAAAGGGUAAUUCUUACAAUGACACUCCAUUCGGAUUCUCCUUACCUGCAACCAAUAAAUUAUCAUCUAACCCGGACGCAUUCUUAUCAGAAUGCGGUACAUUGAUACAAGUCAGAGUUGACACUACCAUCAAGCAUUUGGAAAGUGCUGAAGCUAAAGAAUCAGGAACAUUUAUCUACUCUUUCUUCCUUCCAAAGAAUUCCAAGGAUGAGGAAGUUGAUUACUGUUCUAUUAUGCCUCAAACGUAUUCCGAAAUGAUGGAAUACGUAGAAGGUAGAAGAAGAGCUCAAGAUACAGCUAAUUUUGUUGACACUUUACCAGAUACAAGUGCAAAGCCUAAACUUUAA